AGGCUUGUGAUCGGUUACUACGACGACGUCAUAGGUCAGUCGAGUUGCUGGUUGCAGUCGAGGUUGUGCCGCCUUUCAACCGUCCAUCUUUACCAGUUCCGUCCUCAUGGCUAAACAAAGUUUUUAAGGUGACGACGAUAUCGUUAUUUACUUAAUUAAAUUGCCGUUACGGUAAUGUGAUGGUGAGGGGGAAAAUGAUAGAAUAUUUAACAGAUUCGGAGAUGAAUGUUUGUGCAUUGAUUGAGGUGAGGACGUGAAGACGAAAUGAUAAUGACUUAAGAGUUUGAACUUUUUCGAGGCGUGUUCGGUGCUUAACCUGAAAGCAGUCGAGAGAUGAAGGUAACGGUGACGUUCGGCAAUGUUCGAGUCAUUGUCCCUUGUGGGAAUGGCGACAUUAGUGUUAGAGAUCUAAUGGAUUUGGCCAUCACCAGGUAUAAGAAGGCGACUGGAAAGCCAUCUGAUAGCUGGGUUACUAUUCAUAAUCUAAAAAUAUCUAAAGAUGAAGGAAUAUUAUAUCCGGAUGAUCGCUUAACUGAUGUCGCAGAUGAUAGGGAACAGAUUAUUGCAAUCUUUGAGGAGCAGUGUUCUUAUUUAUCAGUUCACAAUGGUGGAGAUGGUACCAGUGCCAGUUCCAUAGGUACAAAUAGUCCAGAUAUAUUUCGAAAUGGUAAAGAAAAUCAUUCUUCUCAAUGCAGUUAUAAUGAUGUAGAAAUAACUGAUAGCUGUGUUCCUAAUGGUCUGGUUCCUCUACAUGUUCGUAGAGGAAGUGAACCCACUCUUACUUAUCCAGCUAAUAACUGCAGUGAUGUAAACAAAAGGUGGUCUACCGCUGUGAUUGUAAAUAAUGGUCAUUCAAAACAUUCCAGAAAUUCUCAGGAAGAUAGUUCCGAUGAUUCAGACAUUCCAGGUGAUAGAGAAGGGGGACUUGGUGAAGAAGUAGUGUCUCAUACAAGAUUUUCAAGAAGUCCUGGAAGAUUAUCUGUUGUACGAAAUGAUUUAGAACUCUAUGAAUGGCAGGAUAAAUAUGGAAAACAAGAAAGAAAAGAACCUUUAGGAGGCUCAGGAUCUUCAUCUGAUUGCCAUUCCCCAGAUCAUAUUGGUGAUGAUAGUGAUGAAGAAAAAGAAUUAGUUAUUAUCUUGAAAAAAGAUACUGGACCGUUAGGAA